AUGGACUACCGUUCUCCACUUGAGCUCCGCCAACAGCUGAUGGAGGAAGCUAAAUCUGCGGCAGCUCAAUCCACGCCAGCCAAAAAAACAAAGCUAAAGGUAAGUGGCCUUGAUGCGGCCUUUGGCACCCAUCUAGCGGGAAAUAUUGGCAGCUCAGCAACUGUCUCACACUCAGCUUUUACUCCAUUAAUUGCACUUCCUGAUGACCCUACUGCUCUGGUGCGUGAAGUACCCGAGGCUGAGAAUAUCAAAGCUAUGAAUGCCGCAUUAGAGCAUGAAGAAGCAGUUCAACGUUAUGUAGAGAGCGAGAAUCUUUCCCUAGAGGAGUCUGCUAAGUAUAUCAUGGCCAAUGGUAGUACUGCUCAGAAAAUGUCCUUUGUGUUGCAUAUUCGAAAAAGCCUUGUAGGAUAUUCGCUGAAACAAAUAUCUAGGAUUCUUGGGAUUCUUGUAGAUUCCAUGUGGACUCAAGAUCCGGAGCUUCAAUGCCGCGUGCCCGAAGCACUUCAGAAUCUUGCGGGUUUCCUGACUAGCUCCAUUGCCGAUGAUCUCUACGAUGUGAUUGAAACCAUGUUGACCGUCAAAACGCCAUCGAUUCGGAUUGCUUGGGGAAAGCUCCUUCUCGCGCUUAUCAGUUAUUUGAGUAAUGAGCAAAUAGAAAAGUGUCUAAUUCCGCUGUCGCUUGCUAAAAGUCAGCAUGUCGAGCCACAGGACCAACGUGAGCUCAGCUGCGAUCUUCUGGGAAACGUUUGUGCGUAUGUACACCGGGAUACCGUUGACAAGAUGAUAUUGCCCCGUGCGAUGGCUCUGUGCCAGGACACCAAUGUUGCAGUGCGUGAGCGGAUGUGUCAGCACCUUAGAACAAUCGCCCACUCCUUGGGGAUUGACGCGGCGAAGCAAAAGGUGGCACCCAUUUUAAUUGAAUUGUUGAAUGAUGAGGAGCGCGCGGUGUCAGGAGCGGCCUUCUCCCGCUUAUUAGACUUGAUCGAUUUUUUCGGUCCAGAGUAUUGCAAAAUUCAUCUCUAUCCCAUAUUUAUGACCUAUGUGUCUAACCCCCCUAGUGAUGUGACUAGCCUUUUGGUGGUCGAAUAUGGCCGUUUUCUUGACAAGAUUAAAUCUAACAUUUCUAUGCAGGACGAAUUCCUCCUGUUUGCGUCUUUUUACCAAAAGGCGGUUGAAAAGAAUGACAAGACGACAAGACGCAGUUGCGCAUACAACUUCCCCGCGGUCGCAGCGUCGUUACCCUUGUCUGUCUUCUCUUUACACUUGUCCCCGUGCUUAAAUAAGCUUGCGAAUGAUCCUGAACCUGAAGUACGUCGAAGCACGGCCGCUGGGCUUCAUGAAUUAGUGAAAAUCUUAGGUAACACAGCUGCCAUGCACUUACAGGAACCUUUUCUUAGUUUGCUAGGUGACAAGGAUGGGCAAGUAAGAUUCUUUAUCUUUAAACAUGUUGAUUUGCUUCUCGAUUCUUUCAUAAUUCAGUUGACUGGUACACAGCGCGAUAAUUUUUUCCAGUCCGUGGCUGAGAUCCUUCUUGAAUUAGCACCGACAGGUCAUACGAACUGGCAUAUAAUGGAUCACAUUGUCACCAUAGUGAGCAGAUAUGCACAGUAUUUCAGCUCUCCCGUUAUUAUUGAUGAUUUUAUUCCAUUAAUGCUUUACUAUGAAAAAGUUGGAGCCAACGUAUUGAAGAACAAAUGUGCUAAGUUAGUUAUGCUAUUCCUUUCUCAAGUUUCAAUCCCCCACGCUCAGGUACAGCUGUUUAAUAAACUCGUCAGCGAAUUUGCACGUAGUCCUUGUUGCUACCAUCGCCAGUCGUAUUUCCGCUUUGUACGGGAGGCAACGUUUUUCUUCUCACGAAGGUGCAUUCGCGAGCGUCUAAUGGAAUCCAGUUUAGAGCUACAACGUGAUUCCAUUGCAGAGGUAAGGAAGGCGCUGGCAAGUUCUUUGGUAUAUUUAGCGAAAGGUCUUCGUUCUAGCUGUCCGGGCGCUUUAGAGGAGGAAUACAAAAAUAUGAUUCAGCGACUUUUAAUGGAUGAAAACCAAGAAGUUCAAGCAGAGGCUCGCAGAAGUACAGAUCUUCUGAAGGCGAUGGAAAUCGAGCGACGGAGCAACCCCAAAAAAGCCACUGAUGAGGAGCAGCUUGAUCUGAAGAGGGAAAAGGCCGAACAAGCCAUGCUAGAUCUAGCAAAGGAGUUCGAUAAGGCGGAACGGCGUGCAAAACUGCGUGAGCUUCUGAAGAACGGCCGUGACAAGGAGUUCUUGGAUGUGGGAGUAGCUGUUAACCCUCGUAAAGGGGCGAACGGACGCACUUGUGGUACCCCCAAGCGUCGGCGUUCUUUGCAUAACAUUGUUGGAGGGUAUAAUAUAAAAAAUACCGGGUCCUCUAGUCAUACCAAUGUAGAACUACCUCGCUUAUUAAAUGUAAAGUCAACAGCAUCGCCUUCUCCUACCUACUUAAGGCGGAAACGCUAA